AUCCAAAAAUUUUCGUCGGGCUCAUCUCUGUUUCUUCUCCCUUUCCCUUCUCUCUCACUCUCUCCUCCCCUGGUCUUCCUUCGCUGGCGGCGACGCCUGGGCCAGUGGCGGCGCCAUUCGUACGUCUUCGCCCAACCCUUUGCCGGCGACGAGCAUCCACCAGAGUAGUCGGUGUAAUCAAUACCAAAAUUUGAAUUUUUGCUGGGUGAGAAGGCUCAGCUCUGCUCAAAUGGAUUCUGCUUCAACUACUGUGCCUUUCAUUGUUGUGUUUGUGACUGUUCCAAAUAGGGAAGCAGGCAAGAAGCUAGCUGGAAGCAUUAUCAGUGAGAAGCUUGCUGCCUGUGUUAACAUAGUACCUGGUGUUGAAUCUGUUUACUGGUGGGAGGAGAAGGUGCAAAGUGAUGCUGAAGCAUUACUCAUUAUCAAGACAAGGGAAUCUCUUCUAGAUUCCUUAACUGAACAUGUGAAAGCCAACCAUGAGUACGAUGUUCCUGAAGUCAUCGCUCUGGCCAUACAAGGAGGCAACCUGAAGUACCUAGAGUGGCUCAAGAACAGCACUGGGGAAAACUGAUGCAGUGUUCUCGGGAUCUCAGCGUGCCUGUUAGUAGAGCGAGUGACUAGCUCCAAAGGUGGUGCUUCUGUAGUAGGAUGUGGCAAGCUGCCAUGCAUUUCUUGCUUUCUCCUCAGCCCUCGCGGCCUUCCAAGCGUAAUCCUCUCCGUGUUUGUGACCUCAUUUCGUUAGUUUAAGUUUAAUCGUUCGGUGGUAGUUCCGUUUCCAAGAUGAUGGCAUGCCAGAGCUUCCCAAUUGAUGUGCCGAUUGUUAGGGAUUGCCACCUCCGGUGUGGGUAUAGCCGAAGGUUAUGAGCGACUUUGUCUUGCGCAAGGCCCAGAACAGUAACCUUCGGGUACAAACAUUUCGUCCUCUCUGGUUACAUGAUGGAUCUCACGAACGAUCGAAAGUUACAUGAUGGUGGUCAUGUUGUACAUGCCAACCCGUAAAUGACCAUU